AUGUCCUUUCUAGAGUGGAGACCACGUCUAGGCAAACAUAGUGUAGGGCGCCCUCCAGCUAGGUGGACUGACGACAUCCGCAGGGUCGUCUGCAUUGUGUUUGCAGCUGUUGGAAUAUGGAUUAUCUCAUCACCAAGCACAUUGGCGAAAGUCAUCGAAUCCACUGGCAACUCUACACUUAAGUACUCUGCGCUUGUGCUUCUUCUGUUACUUCUGGAGUGUGCCCUCCUCUAUUACUUCUCAAGCAAUCUGGUUGAAAAAGGACUUCACAAAGACGAUGGGCUGUGGACGCACGCAAUGAGGCUCGCAUUCAGAUGCUGUGAACAUAACACUUCAAUACCAGAGACUAGGAAGCCUCCAUGGUCCUGUUGUGGCCCAGAAUUGUACCCAGACAAUUGCACUACGUCUCUCAUGUACGAGAAGGAUUGUCACGCCUCAAUAGUGAAUUGGUUAGACCGCUACCAGUUGUCGAUAUAUACGUCUCUAGCAGUAUUCCACGUUAUAAUAGCAUCGUGCGCUAUCAUACGACGGUCAAAUUCUAAAUCGCAGCGUCUUAGCUAGCGAUCGCAGCGGCGCGUUAGCGCGUCACCACAGCCAGAACCUUCAGAGGUUCCCAGGUUAAGACCUGCAUGGAGUAACCGCGUCGCCCCGACAGUGGAGCCAUCUAACGAAGACGUUAUAAUGCUAGUCGUAGGAAGAGCAAGGCUAGGAUGGGUAGAUAAAUAAAAAAAUGUGAUUAUACUGGGUAGAGUGGAAUUUAUGACUAGUCUGGGUAGAAGAAUGAAGUUUGUGACUAAGUUGGGUAAUGGAGAAAAAU